UUUUAUGACUUUUUCAACUACACACCAAACAAAACCUAAUCAAACCCUAAAGAACCAUUCUAAAUCUUAUCCAAUUUCCUAGUACAUGUGGUUUUGUGAACAACAUUUCAGGAUCAUCUAUAAAGUGUACAAAAAUAUUUCAUGUUGUAUAACAAGAAAGUAUUAAAUAGUUGGAGUUACUCCAGUUGAAGACUUCAUGAAGCUAAACAAGUCAGCCUCAAACUCAUAAUUUCUCCUAGUCCUAUAUUCUCCAUCAAUGUAUUUUUUUAUUUAUUAUAGAAAUGUGUUAAUAUAUUAGUUAUGUCAAUAUUUUCUCAUUCAGUAGGGUUUGAACAAUAAUCACUUAACUCUUUUAAUUCUUCAACACUUAGUUCAAAUCAGUUGAACUAUCCAACUUUCCUCUCUAGUUAACAAUUAUGUUUGGACUUUUCGGGACUUUCUUCACCGUUCUUAACAAAAAGGUCAAAUUCCUCUUCAAUCAUCCAAAAAACAUAAACAUUAUAAAAGAUCCUAACAUGGGAAUGUCUAACCAAUUCAAACAAAUUUUUGAGUUGAUUGACACCAACGGAGAUGGAAAGAUAUCAACCAAUGAGCUCACUAAGUUACUUUCAUGUUUAGGAUACAAAGAUAACAUAAUUGCUACUAAAGAAGCUGAAGGCAUGGUAAAUGUGUUGGACUCAAAUGGAGAUGGGUUUGUAGACUUGGAGGAAUUCAUGGUUGUUAUGGAUGACAAAGAAGGCAUGUUUGGUUGUGUUAGUGAUAAGGAGCAAGAUGAGUAUCUCAUGGAUGCUUUUCUUGUGUUUGACACUGAUAAAAAUGGUUUAAUUUCAGCCAAGGAAUUGAAGAGAGUUAUGAUAAAUCUAGAAUUUGAUAAUUGUAGUGUUGAAGAGUGCAAACGUAUGAUUAAAGGGGUUGAUAAAAAUGGAGAUGGGUUUGUGGAUUUUGAAGAAUUUAGGUCCAUGAUGAAAUUAGAACUUACCAACUAAUUAAAGGUUGUUUGAAAAAUCAAAAUAAGAUAAGGUAGUAUAGUAUUUUUUGCAUUUUCUUCUUUCUAUUUUGUGCUACCUUGCUAGUAGGGCUGUGCAAAAAAUCCGGUUAUGAGGCCCAAAUCCAAAACCGGAUCCAAAUCCAUUUUAAAUAUCCGGUUAAAAUUAUAAUCCGGUUUAUUUAAAAUCGGUUGGAUAACCACUUAUGUUUUAUAUUUGGAUUUAGUUUUUAACCGGUUUGUAUCCAUUACCAAUA